ACAACAGGCUCAAUCAAAAGUCGGUACAGAGAAACGAGAGGAACAGUCGGGUCGGAUCGAAACUGCGACGAAAGAAAAUUUCCAUCUUCAAAAUUUGCGUUCACUAGCAAAAAAGCACGGUAUCGCGGAAAAAUCCUCGCCAGGAAUAGAAAAAAGUGUUGUCCAGAUCAUUUCGUUGGUGGAAGCCGCUUGUGUAUAGUAGAAAGUGCAAAAAAUUGUUAAAAGGCUUUAGAAUCAAAUUUUCUCGUGGUGGCACUAGAAGUCAAGAAACUGGAGCUCGAAGGAACCGUGAGGAUCAGAAAGCCAGCCCCGAUCCGUAUCAAAAGCAGGCAGGAACGAAACAAUUUUGAAUGAUGGCGUUAAACAUCGCUGUUCCGCUGACGACCGUCGGAGAACUGAUCGACGGUUUCGGGCUGCUGUCCCCGAUUUCACCGCUGAGUGUUGAUUGCCAUGGCGUUGCGACGGCCGGGAACCAUGGCAAGAAGCAGCUGGUUUCGCCCGUGGGCAGUGAAUCGAGUGGCGUAAGCUCUCUGGAUUCUGAUGAGAUUAAGAAACCGUCCUCGCCACCAACUACACCAACGGAGGAAGUGGAAAGACCAACGACAACGAGUUCCCCAUUGCCAUUAUCCGUUACAAGUGAUCCGGACAACACGACUAUAGCGACGGAAGCUUCCGAAACCAAGUCAUCAAGCUGUUCGUCGACACGGUCUUCGCUUUCGUCCACCGAUAGCAUUAGUAGCAGUGAUAUCAACAGUUCGGACGAAAGCGUUACUACUGUUCCAGUGCCGGAAUUGUCUGCAUCGGAGCCGAUUAUUCCAAUAGAGCUCAAAGUUGAAAUCGGUGGCCGCAAUGUGCUUAAUCUUCUGGACAAUUUAACCUCGCCGGAUCACUUUCGUUUGCAAUUCGCUCAGCUGCCGGAGAAUGAUAACAUUCAUUUCUUUUUGGACAAUCGUUCCCAAUACCAUCGAUUGGGAGCGAAUGGCCACAUCCAGGAAUACACGAUGGUCAAGUGUAAAUGUUGUGAUUUUCGCUACCCGGUAAACGGAACAUCACCGACGCCUGGGGGAACGACGGCUUCGAGCAUUGGUCAAGCCAACUUGGCAGCAAUUUUCCAGCAACAUCAGACACAGCAACAGCAGCAGCAGCAACCGUUACAGUGGAACAGCUUUAGCAAUUACGAUAGUAUUUCGAAUAGGAAUAAGUUGGGUCUCAACGUUGCGAACAGUGCAUUUAACAAAACAUUCGGUGGUGGUGGCAACAAUGGCAGUCAAUAUUUCCGGAACAACAUGGCCGCUAGUCUCUUUGGAAGAGAUUCCAACCGCAACAGCAACAACAACAACAGUGGAGGUAAUUUCCCUAACAACAAUAGCACCAGCACGUACAACAACCAUAAGGCAUAUCAGCAGGGCUUUGGUACAACAAGCAACAACGGAAACAACAAGUUUAGCAAUCCGUACCUUAACUAUCAAUUCCAACAACAGUCGCAGCAACAACAGUUGUUCUCAAAGAACCAUCAAAUGCGCUACGGCAGUGGAAAUGGUAACGGAUCAGGCGGGUAUAACACAUCUGCAGCAGUUGCUGCUGCCGCUUCUGCGUUGGCCAGCCAAAACAUGCUGAAUCUAAACAACUUCAACGGAAAGAACAACAAUAACAUGUUCGCUCACUACAAGGCCAUGAUGAACUAACGGGUUUCCCUCGGAGAACGUUAUUCCAGAGCACCGAGAAGGUAAUCGGUGUCAUCGUUCGAUGAUUGUGCAACGAUUAUUAGAAAAUUCAACACCCAUUGUUUCCUCUUUCGACGUCGUCUUUACUGUCGUCAUGUCGUUGAAGGUGCGCGCGAGCUGGGCGUGCCACGUCGUCCAUCCCCGGUGCGUCCAGUAUUGGGCGAAUCGUAGUUCCUUUUGAGAUUGACGAAUCCUUCCAAACCGUCGUAGAAAGAAAGAGAACAUCGUGACCAACCAAAUCAAAAUAGCGAAUGGGGAAUGGAACGAGAGGUUGCUAACCAGAACAUCAAAAUUAAAGUUUUUUUUUACUCCAUGAUAGUUGAUACGAGCUUGCAAAUCCGUUGUAAUUAUUUUACACACAAACUUACUAGUAUACAUAUAUAUAUUUUAGAAUAAUUGACCUUGCAUAAGAUAUCAAUGUUGAAUUUUAGUUAUUUAUUAUUAUCGAUGUCGAUUGUAUUUGCAAGCAAAAUCCUUACUAGAUCGAGCUCUUAUAAGUUAGAUCCGAUUUACCUGUGCUAUCGAUUAGUAUUUUAUCAUGCAUCUAGAGGUGGGUCUCCAAAAAAAACUUAGCCAAUAGAUUGAUCGAUUGUCGUCUUAUUUUUUUCUGGAAAUAUGAUGAUAGAAAUUUAUACUACUAGACAGAGGAAAGGAUCUCAUAGUCAAUCAGUUUGGAUUAAGAAUGAAACACAAAACGCGAACCGAGAAUUGUAGGUUAAAAAAUAGGGCACAGCCUUUAGUAGAUAAAGACAGAACGCAAUGUCUCCAUCCCGUGUCUUUUUGCGCUUUAUUAUAAAUAUCAUUUUUGAAUGUGCGAUUUUUAGUCAUGUAGGCAAAAGCAGAAAAUAUGAAUAAAGGAAAAAUUUUAUCACCUUGAACGAAGAGCCAAAAAAUAGGCGCAACAAUAUGUGCAGUUUUGAAGCAAAACGAUGCACAUUUUAAAUUGAGAUCUGGUCGAAUACCAACCGUCAUCAUCAAGUCACAUUGGCUACCUAAACAAAUUAUAGAUGUACCUAGUAUAAUUGUUAGUUUUUUCCUUUGUCAACUGUUCCCACGCCACCAAAUAUCAUUCGGGAAAGCCAGCACAUACUUAUCCACAGGAGAAGGUUCUGCUUGAGAAGCAGAAUUGUGAGAUUUCAGCUUACUUGCCAUUUUCAGGGACUCUAACAAAAAAGAGCAGAUAGCAAUGUUUCAAACAUAAAUACAAAAACGGGGAUAACUAAAAGAGAAGCAAGCAGUGAAAUGACAAAAUGCCAAAAUCAAGUAGUUUUUACGAUGAAAUUGUGUUUUACCUUUUGAUAUGUAUUAGUCGGCAAAUUAAAGAUAGUUAAAUCGAGAGAGAAACAA